AUGACGUACAAGUACCGGCGCGGCGAGGGGCCCGUCCUCCACACCACCGACUGCUCGUUCUGCCUCGGCGAGUUCCACGACGGGGAGAACCUCCGUCUGCUCCCAAAAUGCAGCCAUGCGUUCCAUCAGCAAUGCAUCGACACUUGGCUCAAGUCGCACUCCAAUUGCCCACUCUGCCGCUCCAACAUCACCUUCGUCGCCGUCGAGGUGGCGCCGCAUGAGCCGGUGGGCUGUGCUCCAGGCGACGCCGACCGGAGCACUCAUCAGCAUCAGGUGGUUGUUGAGAUGGAUGAAUUGGAGAACAUGUGUGAAGAGCAGCAGGGUGCAGUGAGCAGUGGUGGCGUCAGCGUCAGAGCUGACUGCGACGAGCAGGAGGCCGAGGACAGCAGAGAAGGAACAGAGGAGGAGGAUGGCAAUGGCACGGCGGAGAUCAGAGAAGAAGGCAUGCCACCACCGAAGACGGGGUCCAACCUGCACCGUGAUAGCCGCAUGUCCAUCGCCGACGUGCUGCAGUCCACCAUGGAGGACGAGCUGAUCGCAACCAGGGAGAGCGGGCUCCUUGCUGGCGGCGCCGGCACGUCGAGGCGGUGCCGCGGGGAGAACGGCAGCAGCAGACGGGGCUGCAACCGGCGCACAUUGCAGGACGACACGGUGCCGCCGAUGAAGAGGUUGCCGCCCGGCGGCAGGUCGUGUUUCAACAGCAAGAGCGGCAGGGGAGUCGUCGAUUCGGACAAUCCAGUGCGAGGUGGCCAGCCGUGACGAUCCUGGACAAGUUUCCGUCCCGUUUCUGCGCAUGAUGGGACGCUAAUGAGGACCAUAUCAUUCAUCAUCAUAAUUCAGAGGCGGCGGCGUCCUGUGAUAAUGCUGAUUUCCCUUGGUUGCAUCAUGUGAUGCUACUGCCAAAUCGAUGCUUGGGUAACAUCUCUUGUGAUGAUAGUUCAGCACGCAUUGGAUCUUUUCAUUUUUUUGCACUUCCAAGUUCCAACUCAUGACAUAGUAGGUUCGUCUCCUCCACCACACAGUCCACUGUUCCAGUGGACAUGUUUUGCUGUGGGUGCAGUUACUGUAGUAACAGGCUCAAGUUUUCAACACCUUGAAUGAUCUUUUUCUCUUCACCUUUUGUGUGUGUUUAUGCCUUUGCAAAUUAGUUGUAAAAAGAGACGCGAGUGUGGAAUCCGAA